GGAGAAUGUAAUUGCUAUGGAAGAUGGCAGCUUCAAGUGCAACGUGGACGAAAGUUGCCAAUUCGCACAAAAACCCCUGGUGCAUGGCAAUUUUGUGCGACACAUUCGUUUACUCCACCCGGAGAAAGUUCAUGUUCUCGAGCUACCGGAACGCCGGAAGCUGUCAAGCGGCAGCGAUCUUGCAAGCACUGACGGAAGUACGGUCGGUGACGUACAAGUGCCAGGUACAAGCGCCAGCGCGGGUGCUGUUUCCCAUGCCGGAAAUGGCGCCGGCGUCGGACCGGUUCCGGUUAAAAAAGUGAAAAAGGAGCGUCCAUUGCUUGUUUACACGGACAGAAGAAAAGUGCUGCUGGGAACACUUCAAAUGGCUACGAUUCAUGCGCUGCCACUCUCGUUCCCAAAUUACGCUGGAUUCGAGAAUCUGGUCAAGCCAACGUGGGACGCAGUCGGUCUAACCGUGAAUCGACAGAAACUGACUGAGCUCGUAGAGCAUGCUGCUGAACUAGCAAGGAAGAUCAUUACGGAUGAGAUGGCUAAAAAAAUGAUCACUUUGGAGAUCGACAGCGCUUCCCGCCGCAACCGACACGUGUUCGGGAUUUACGCAACCUACUUCUCGGACAAGAAAGGUGGACCUGUGUCGCGUUGUCUGGCCGUGAAGGAAAUGGUCAAGAGCCAAACAGCUGAUCAUCUCAAGGACACGAUGCAGACAGAAGCUAUGGGAAGAUAUAAAAUGCUGUCUGGUCAGCUGUACGUGCAUGCUGUUGAGGAACCCGAUCGCGAGAACGCUGAUUCAGCCAACCAGAGUUCCAGCUCAACACUCAUGGCGGCGGAGACCCGAGCCGUAGAUGCUGUAUUGCAGACGGUGACCGAAGCUCGCCUCGAACAAAUGCUGGACAUGGAGGAUUCUGAACCGGAAGAGGAAGCUGAAGAUACAGACGUGGAUGAGUCGUGGGAAGAAGAGACAAGCGAAGAGUCGUCACCAGGAGAGUUUGAAUUUAAGGGUACACGCUGCGCAGCACACACUUCCCAGCUGGCGGUGUGGGACGUUUUGAAAAGCCACACAAAACGUAUCGAAGCAAUCAAGAGUUUGGUGAAGAAGACAAGACUUGUGAAGUACAAGCAGGCUUUCAUGGAGAACAAUACCUUUUACGCGCCAAUCUGCAAUGCCACCCGCUGGAACGCUGUCUACCUAAUGAUGAAAUCAUUAAAGGAUCAGCGGACCAACUACCGGAUUCUGGAGGAUUCCUUCAACGAGCUGUGCUUUUCGAAACACUGGAGAUUUAUUGAUUCGGCCUGUGAGGCACUUGGUCCGGUGUUUUACUUGAGUGUCGAGCUGCAACAUGAACACGUGCCAUUAUCCGAGUUCUACGCUUUGUGGAUUGCUUGCCAGGCUGAGCUGAAUAAGCUAAAGGACAACCAGAUGGCCGUAAAGCUGCACGUGGCGAUGAAUACACGUUUGAAGACCCUAAGGUUCAAGGCGGCGAUUUACUUCGACCCAAGGUUCAAUUAUCUUGGGGCGAAUCGAUUGAAACCCAAAGAAAAGGAAGCCGUGCAGCGCUAUUUGCUGAAGCUUUAUGAUCGCAUGAACGAACUGGAGGGUGUUGAAUUGGAGGUCGUGGAAAGUACUGAGAACUGUGACUUUGUUGAGGAAUACCUCGAUGAAUUGUUCGACGGAGACGAAGAUCCUAUUCCGGCACCUGGUCCCAACAACCACAUACUCCAAAGGAUAAAGGAGCUCGAGUUCCAAAAACGCGUAUUCGUUCAGCCGCUUCUGUGCAAGAAACCGCGAUUUGACAUCAUGAAGUACUGGACGGCGAAGAAAGUAUCAAAUUCGGAAAUGUUCCGGCUGGCAAAAGUCGUCCUGAGCACCGGAUCAACGCAAGUUAAUGUAGAAAGAUGUUUCAGCGCACUAAAGCUUGUUGUUACCGACCUGCGCCAGAAGCUCUCUGACCCGCAUGUGCAGGACUUAAUGGUCCUCAAGCUCAAUCCGGAUUUAUUGCCAGCGAUUGUUCAAAUGAUGAGCGAUGAAAUGUAACUGUUGCUUCCGCUGUUUCCGUUUUAUACGAUUAUUGAUCUGUAAACAUUCU